UUGCGUAUGGAUAUUGGGUGGGGUCGGAAUCUCCUUUGCCUCAUUUUCCUUCAAACCGCGUCCCUAAACAGGAAAUACAAAGAUUUUUUCUUUGAUCCAAACAAAUUUUGGAUGAAAACCAAAUUAAAUAGAUAAUCCAUAAACACACACUUGUCACUGGGUUGAGUGGGAUUUUCCAUGAAAACUCACUGAAGAAGAACAAGCGACGAGCAUACCUACCAACAUCGGCACCUCCCCACGUUUCAAUGAUCAACAAUGGAGCACUAUCACAACACUUAUAUAUACACACACACCAUACUUAACUUGAUCACACUACCUCUCAAAGAAAUCUCAUUUUCUGUUUUAUUUUCAUUCAUGGAACAACACAACACUAAUCUUAGUUAUACUCCUCCUCCUCCUCCUCCAAGUAGCGUUGGAGCUGCCACGUCAAGUUACAGGGGAGUCCGGAAGAGGAAAUGGGGCAAGUGGGUAUCUGAAAUACGCGAGCCGGGUAAAAAGACCCGGAUUUGGCUUGGAUCCUUUGAGACGCCGGAGAUGGCGGCGACAGCCUAUGACGUGGCGGCAUUUCACUUCAGGGGACACCAGGCACGACUUAACUUUCCAGAAUUGGUGACCAAUGGGGUUUUUCCUAUGCCUGCCAGCUCAUCCGCAGAGGAUAUUCGGAUGGCGGCGCAAGAAGGCGCAUUGAGGAUUAGAACCACCACGUCCACCAGUGUUGUGGGUGGUUCAGAAGGUGGUGUUGCACCUGUCACGGUUAGGCUGUCGCCGAGCCAAAUUCAGGCGAUUAAUGAGUCUCCAUUGGACUCGCCUACAAUGUGGAUGGGAAUGGCAGAGGAGUCUAUGUUGUUCUCUGCCGGUUAUGGUGAUGAGAAUGAAUGGGGUUAUGUGGAAAAUCAAACCGACUCUCUUUGGGUUCCUUAAUUUUGAUUACCUAAUAUAAUAUAGUAAUUAAUUUACGAAAAUUUACUUAAUAUGUGUUUCCUUGUUUUUUUUUUUUGGGUCAUGUUUCGAUAAGUAGGUAGGAGAAUAUUGUGAUUU